AUGGCGAACGAACAGAAAGGCCCGGUCGAUCCGUCGAUCGUCAACGAGCAGUAUUAUCACGGUACGUCGGAAUUUUUUGGAGUAUUUCAAAUUUUAGGUCUGCUUCCUCGUGAGGACAUCAAAGUAAUGUUGCGUCAGAACGGGGAAUUUCUGUUGCGAACCACGGAGCCCACCAAAGAGGCGACGCGUUCCUACGUGCUCUCCGUCAUGGUAUACCAGGAGAAGGAGGAGAACGGUGUAAAGAUCAUUUUCACAAAACUUUUUACCUUGCAUCAUGUGCAAUGUUGUUUUUUGCUAUUUUCAGAUCAAGCACUACGUUAUUCAGAAUCAUCAUGGUCGCUGGUCCAUCGAGAAGUUCGGUUUUGACAGCAUCAAGGCCAUGAUCGAUUACCACAUGAGCAAGGGCGAUUCCAUCUCCAAAGUUUUGAACAAUGUUAUUCUGAAGACCCCGAUUUUGAGACAGAGCUGGGAGUUGGCUCACGAAGACAUUCAGUGUGUCAAAAAACUGGGUGAGGGAGCAUUUGGUGAGGUUCACAAAGGGACCUUGAAGAAGUAUGGCAACGUUAUUGAUGUGGCGAUCAAAUUAGCAAAGUUGGAGGCCUUGACCAAGGAGCAGAUCAAGGAGAUUAUGAGAGAGGUAGGAGUGGGUGGAUUUUGAUGAAACUUGGAAUAGCGGAAGAUUGAAGUCUAAUAGGGAUAUGGGAAAAAUUCAGAACGUGUUUCGCAGAGGCGUUUGAGGUAUUAGCGAUUUACCUCAAACAACUAUUACUUUAGACAAUUUUUAUAAAAUAUUUAUAGUUUUGAACCUCUCAUCUGGAGAACAGUGUGUAAAUUGCGCUAAAAACUCUUAUGCUUUUACUAUGAUCUUCAGGCCCGCCUGAUGCGCAACUUUGACCAUGCAAAUGUCGUCCGGUUCUUUGGAGUGGCCGCCGGUCAGGAACCGCUGAUGGUCGUGAUGGAACUGGCCGACUGUGGUUCCCUCGACUCGUUCCUCCAGAAAAAUGAGCAACCCGUUGAGAAGAAGAAUGAAAUGUGUGUCCAGGCCGCAUUUGGAGUGGAGUACCUUCAUGAAAAAAAUGUGAUCCAUCGUGAUUUGGCGGCUAGAAAUUGUCUCUACGGAAAUGGACAGGUCAAGAUAAGUGACUUUGGGUUGACUCGAGAGGGAACGGUCUAUCAGAUGGAUCCACAUACGAGAGUGCCGAUUAGAUGGUAAGGGAUUUUUUGGAGGUGUCAUGGAUUAUAUACGCAGUUAAGUAUACAAAAUACUAAUGUCAAGUUUUUCUUUCAGGCUGGCUCCAGAGACCCUUCGUGUCUUCAUCUACACUCAGAAGACGGAUGUUUGGGCUUUUGGUAUCAUGUGUUGGGAGAUCUACUCCAAUGCACAGCAUUCCGAGGUUUUUUGCCGCCACCGAUCGGUGCCGAUUUUCGCUCAAAAUGACAACAGGGCUGCGCGCCUCGGCUGA